GCAAGCGAGCGAGCGAGCGAGAGUGUGCGUGCUGGCGCACGCGCGCCCUUGGCUAAAAUUUUCCCCCCACCCCCCCCAAAAGCAAUAUUAAUGGCCAUGAGUUCCUUCUUGAUCAACUCCAACUAUGUGGAUCCCAAAUUCCCACCGUGCGAAGAAUAUUCGCAGCACGAUUACCUUCCCAGUCAUUCUCCGGAAUAUUUCAGCGGCCAGAGACGAGAAGAGAACUCUUUCCAACCCGAGGCGUUGUACCCAGCGCGGUCCGCCUGUAACCAACCAACCUAUCCUUCGUGUCGGGGCUCCGGCCCCCAGCCGGCGGUCCUCUCUCCCAGGAGCCAGCACGUCCACGCUCCGGCGGGACUCCAGAACCACCUCUCCGAACCGAGCCACCCUUGCGAAUCCAUCACGCCAAGCCCACCGCCUUCCUGUAGCCAAAACUCUCUCAACCAAAGCCCUUCCUCUUGCAAAGAACCGGUAGUUUAUCCUUGGAUGAAGAAGGUGCACGUUAGCUCGGUCAACCCCAACUACACGGGAAGGGAGCCGAAACGGUCUCGGACGGCCUACACCAGGCAACAACUUCUGGAGCUGGAGAAGGAAUUCCACUACAACCGCUACCUCACCCGGCGGCGACGGGUGGAAAUCGCCCACUCCCUUUGCCUGUCCGAGCGCCAGAUCAAGAUCUGGUUUCAGAACCGGAGGAUGAAAUGGAAAAAAGACCACAAACUGCCCAAUACAAAGAUCCGGUCGAAUGCUGCGACCAGCCUCCCGGCUCAAGAAGGGAGCGGAGCCCCCCAGGACCGAACCCAUGGACCAACCCCCAACCCCCCCGCCAGUCUAUAACCUCCCCUUGGAGCGCGGUCUCCCUCUGUGCGUGCGUGCGUGUGUGUGUGCGCGCGCGGGUGUGCGCGCGUGU